AUGAUUGUGAUUCUGACCGGUACUCUUCAAGUGCACUGCUUCGAUCCGCGAGCAAAACCCGUUAAAGAUUUGGAUAGCCCGUGGCGUAACGUGGACGGACAGUUGUAUGAGGAUUUUCCUGGCGAAGAUACCAUUGAUAAGCUUUUUACACAUGCUGUGAAGUUGUUUGCUGAUAGACCUGCCCUGGGUACACGUGAAUUACUGGAGGUGCAUGAGGAAAAGCAACCAAAUGGACGAAUCUUUGAGAAGUGGAUUAUGGAUGAAGAGUUGAAUAAUGGACAGCACACUGGCAUUCCGGACUAA